CCACCCCCCAAAUCGAUAGAUUAUUAUCUUUUUUUUUGCGCGCAUGGUGAAAAACCGUAUGAGUCCUUUAACGCCCUCGCCGAAGAGGUUCCGUCAUGGCCUUGAAAAGGAAAAGGGCGACGUCCCCCUCCAGUAGCGUGAGUGGGGGAGAUUUUGAGGAUAGCCAGCCCCCAUUAUUGUCUUCAGUAGGUCGAAAGAGAAGAAGGACCUCAAACAUUCCAACGGUGGACCCCAUCGCUGUGUGUCAUGAGCUGUACAACACGAUCAGAGAUUACAAGGACGACCAGGGCAGGAUGCUGUGCGAGCUGUUCAUCAGAGCCCCGAAAAGGAGGAACCAACCGGACUACUACCACGUGGUCUCGCAGCCUAUCGACAUGAUGAAGAUCCAGCAGAAACUCAAGAUGGAGGAGUACGAUGAUGUAGAGCAGCUCACUAGUGACUUUCAGCUGCUGUUCAGCAACGCUAAAACAUAUUACAAGUCAGACAGCCCUGAAUACAGAGCGGCCUGUAAACUGUGGGACCUCUACCUGCGGACCAAGAAUGAGUUUGUUCAGCGGGGAGAUUAUGAUGAAGAUGAUGAGGAUGGGUACGACAACCCCGGAGGGUCAGCCGAGGAUGAGAAUGCACCAACUUGCUUGAAAGAGGUCCUCGAGCAGCUCCUUGAUGCGGUGGUGUCUUACACAGAGCCCACUGGGCGGCUCAUCAGUGAGCUGUUCCAGAAGCUUCCUUCCAAAGUGCAAUACCCAGACUAUUACGCCAUCAUUAAGGAACCAAUAGAUCUGAAAAUCAUUGCUCUAAAGAUUCAGAUGGGCCACUACAGAAGUGUAAGUGCCAUGGCGAAAGACGUCGAGUUACUGGCAAAGAAUGCUAAGACAUACAACGAGCCUGGCUCGCAGGUUUUUAAGGAUGCCAACACCAUCAAAAAAGUCUUUGCACAAAAAAGGGCGGAGAUGGAGCACACGGAGCCCAUCAAGUCCAGCAUUCGCAUCAGGAACAGAAGGUCGGCUCAGGGAGAUCGUCUCUCCGCCAUCACCAUGGCCCUUCAGUAUGAAAGUGACGAGGAGGGCAUUCUCUCCGGGUCUGUCCACUACGACGAGGGGGAGUCGGAGGCCGAGAGUAUGCACUCCAACAUGGACAUGAGCAACCCCAUCUUCCAGCUGUACGAAGCUGUGCGGGGCGCCAGGAAUAGCCAGGGCCACCUGAUCUCCGAGCCAUUCCUUCAGCUGCCCUCCAGGAAGGACUACCCUGACUACUACCAGCAGAUCAGCCAGCCCAUCUGCCUCUACCAGAUCAGGAACAAGAUGAAGAGCAAUGAGUAUGAGAGUGUGGAGCACCUGGACGUAGACCUGACACUGAUGUUCGAGAAUGCCAAGCGCUACAACGUUCCUCACUCCUCCAUUUACAAGCGGGCACUCAAGCUGCAGCACAUCCAGCAGUUGAAGAAAAAGGAACUCUUACAGAGAGACGAUGAUGAUGGGGACAGCAUGCUAUCUUCUACCACGUCUGAAACUGGCAGCUCAAAAAGAAAGAGCCACAAGAAGAACACCAAGAAGAACCGCAUGAAGGUUCUCUUUGCUGCUGUGGCUGAGGCACGAGAAGCCGGCACAGGCCGGAGAUUGUGCGACCUCUUCAUGGUCAAGCCCUCGAAGAAGGACUACCCUGACUACUACAAGGUCAUUUUGGAACCCAUGGACUUGAGGAUGAUCGAGCACAAUAUCCGCUCAGACAAGUACAUGACAGAAGAUGCAAUGGUGGAGGAUAUGAAGCUCAUGUUCCGCAAUGCACGACACUACAAUGAGGAAGGCUCUCAGGUCUAUAAUGAUGCUGAUGUCCUUGAAAAGAUUAUGAAGGACAGGCGCAGGGAUCUCGGGCCAGUGACUGAUGAAGAUGACUUGAUGUCUCCAAAACUGAAAAUAAGGAAGAACAGCGUUACUCUGAAGAAGUCCAAGUACCUCACCCCCUUACAGCAGAAGCUGAAUGAGCUUUAUGAGGCUGUCAAGAACUACACGGACAAGCGAGGCCGCCGUCUCAGCACAAUCUUCCUGAGGUUGCCGUCCCGCGCUGAGCUGCCCGAUUACUACAUCGCCAUCAAGAAGCCUGUGGACAUGGAGAAGGUCAAGAGCCACAUGCUGGCCAACAAGUACCAGGACGUAGAUGCACUGGUGGAGGACCUGGUGCUCAUGUUCAACAAUGCCUGCACGUACAACGAGCCCGAGUCUCUGAUCUAUCGCGAUGCCCUGGUGCUGCAUAGGGUACUGUUGGAGACAAGGCGGGACCUGGAGGGAGGGGAGGACGCCCACGUGCCCGACGUGUCCCGCCUCAUCCAGGAGCUGAUCCGCAGCCUCUUUGUUUCCGUGAUGGGUCACCAGGACGAUGAGGGCCGUUGCUACAGUGACUCACUGGCUGAGAUUCCUGCCCUGGACCCUGCCAGCCCUGACAAGCUGGCCCUCAACUUUGAGAUCAUCAGGGUGAAUGUAGACCGAGGCCGCUAUAAAAGGUUGGAUGUGUUCCAGGACCACAUGUUUGAAGUGUUGGAGAAGGCAAGACGGAUGCAUAGGACGGACUCUGAGAUCUUUGAGGACGCUGUAGAGUUGCAGCAGUUCUUUAUCCGGAUCAGAGAUGAGCUGUGCAAGAACGGAGAGAUCCUCCUGUCCCCAGCACUCAACUACACGUCCAAACAUCUGCACAGUGACGUGGAGAAAGAGAAGAAAGAGAAGCUUCCUAAGGAGUUUGAGGAGGACAAACUCAAGAGAGAAGAGGAGAAAAAGGAAGCAGAGAAGAGUGGGGACUCUGUAUGUGCGUGGCAGUCUGGCCUGCCACGCACAUAUAGCCAAGACUGCAGCUUCAAGGACAGUAUGUACCAUGUGGGGGACUAUGUUUACAUGGAGCCUGCUGAGUCCAACCUCCAGCCUCACAUCAUUUGCAUUGAACGCCUUUGGCAAGAUGAUGGUGGUGAAAAAUGGCUGUAUGGUUGCUGGUUCUACAGGCCAAAUGAAACGUUCCAUCUCGCUACGCGCAAGUUCCUGGAGAAGGAAGUCUUUAAGAGUGAUUAUUAUAACAAAGCUCCUGUCAGCAAGAUUCUGGGCAAAUGUGUGGUCAUGUUUGUGAAGGAGUACUUCAAGCUUCACCCAGAAGGCUUCAGGGCAGAGGAUGUCUACGUCUGUGAGUCACGCUACUCUGCCAAGGCCAAGUCCUUCAAGAAGAUCAAGAUGUGGACCACGCCCUUGAGCUCCGUCAGGUUUGUUCCCAGAGAGGUACCACUCCCGGUCGUUCGAGUGGCAUCCAUGUUCGCCCCCAAGCAAGACGAGAAGCCCUCAGAGACACCGGAGGAGAGCAAAGUGACCAACGUCAUUGUAGAUAAGGAGAGAGAGGACGUUCCAAUGGAUAUGACCAAUGGCGAGCCAGGGUGUCAAUACUAUGAGCAGCUCUGUUUCAACAACCUCUGCCUGAAAGUGGGAGAUUGCGUCUACAUUGGUUCCCAUGGGCUAGUGCGACACCGAGUGGGCAGGAUUGAGAAAAUGUGGGUGCGAGAUGGAGCCGCCUACUUCUUCGGUCCCAUCUUCAUCCAUCCAGAGGAAACGGAGCAUGAGCCCACCAAGAUGUUCUACAAGAAAGAAGUGUUCCUUAGUAACCUUGAGGAGGCUUGCCCCAUGACCUGCAUUGUGGGGAAAUGUGCCGUGUCCUCUUUCAAGGACUACCUGUCGUGUCGGCCAACUGAAGUGCCUGAGGAGGAUGUUCUUCUUUGUGAGAGUCGCUACAUUGAGAGUGAGAAGCAGAUGAAGAAGUUCAAAGGCCUUAAGCGCUUUUCUCUCUCUGGAAAAGUGGUAGAGGAUGAGAUCUACUAUUUUAGGAAGCUGAUAGUGCCCCAAAAGGAACCUUCUCCUCUGCUGGAUAGGAAAAUUGAGGAACUUGAGGCCAAAUUUGCCGACAUGACGGACGAGGAACUGGAAGAUCUUGGGGAGGAUGACGGUGAGCUGGGGGACCAAUCCCUUCCUCAGCUACAGACCUCCCUGUCCAGUGACAUGGACAUCAUGCCCUACACGCCUCCACAGUCGACGCCGAAGUCCAUAAAGGGCCUUACAAAGAAGGAAGGCUCGAAAAGGAAGAUCAACAUGAGUGGCUAUAUCCUGUUCAGCAGUGAGAUGCGGGCAGUGAUCAAGGCCCAGCACCCGGACUUCUCCUUCGGGGAGUUGAGUCGCCUGGUGGGCACAGAGUGGAGGAACCUGGAGGGCUCCAAAAAAGCAGAGUAUGAAGAGCGUGCAGCCAAAGUGGCCGAGCAGCAGGAGCGCGAGAGGGCAGCCCAGCAACAGGCCUCCCCGAGAGCAGGUACCCCAGCAGGGGCACUGAUGGGGUUGGUGCCUCCCCCAACCCCCAUGGGAAUGCUAAAUCCCGGCAUGACGCCUGUGUCAGGUAUGGUGGGAGCAUAUAGACCGGCUAUGCCACCCCUCCUGGGCCCUGUUGACGGCAUGGUUAGUAUGACUGGUGUAGCACCACAUCGCAUGGGGGUGCCUGUCUUUCCCCACCAUCUCCUGCCCAUUAUGCCUGGGUUCCCUGGAAUGCCAUACCUUGGUGGAACUGGCAUAGGAGGAGGACCUGGAGCGGCAAACACCCAUGGAUCCCAGGUGGCUGCGAUGGGUCCUGGCCACCAGGCCCCACCACCAUACCCAGGACAAGGACAAGUGGGACUACCUGCACUGCAGCAGCCCUCUACACCCAUAUUCGUUUCCCCACCACCCAAGCCCCAGCGCCUGCUUCAUUCUGAAGCAUACCUCAAGUAUAUUGAGGGCCUUACCGCAGAAUCCUCCUCCGUUAGCAAGUGGGACCAAACCCUCUCAGUUCGAAAGAAAGAUGUGCGCCUGACGAAAGAGCAAGAGAGUAGACUGCCGUCCCAUUGGUUGAAGAGCAAGGGGGCCCACAGCACCAUGGCGGAUGCACUGUGGCGGCUGCGUGACCUGAUGCUGCAAGACUCUCUGAGCAUCCGCCAGUCAUACAAUGUGUAGCCUAGUCACACUCUGAGCCUCUGCUGCCGAGCCUGUCUGACAGGAAGGGGUUAAGCUCUCUAAAAGUGUCUGUUUUGUGUUGUAAUGAAGUUGUGUUUGUGUUCAUAUGAACUGUGCCUAAUGUUUCAAGUGGUUUUUUUCCAAGUUACAUUUCAGUAAUAUUGUUCCAAGUGCAUUAUUGUUAUGAUUGUCAUUCUGUGGUAGAUGAAUGCUUUCAUACAUUUAAAAUGUGAAGACUCGAAUUUGUGUUCAUUUAAAAUGUGUUUAUGGUGAUAUUUGAAAUGUGCCCGUUGACUUAUACCUAAUUAUAGAAGACAAGGAAUGUGGGAAAAAUUAAACAAUUGCACAAGUGUGUGUUAAAUUGUUUAACCUCUCCUUGAGUUGAACAAAUUGCACAAAUGUGUGUUAAAUUGUUUCAUUUAAGGAAAGGUUCUCCAAAAGAAUGUGCUUGUUGAAGUCCUUCAUUUGUCAUUCAGCUUUAGUAAAAUUACUCGAACAUUUGACAUUCAAAGUGCUUGAUUAUUAAAGGAAAAGGAUUUAUUCAGUCUAAUGUCCUGGUGUUUAUCAAUAACAAGGUUUCUAUAUUUGUAUUAUGUUAUCCUUUUGAGAUAAAAAAAGUAAUCGGAAAUGGCAUGCUUGCUCGGUUUCUUUGUUAUUGAUCAGGCUUUUUCCAAAAUUUAAUAAUUUUAAUAAACUGCGUGCUUAUUACAUGCAAAAUCUUUGUUAU